CUCACGUCCUUGACCACACUCUCGUCUAAUAUUUCGUUAUGGACUCUCCAGUUGAACCAGGCUCACCCGUCUCUGAUUCUUCGUCUGACUCCCCACCCUUGGAGGAGACCCAAGAUGCUCUCACAUCUGCCGUUCGAUCUACUAGUGCAGCUGACGCUCUUAAUGCAGCACGAAUGAGUGGCGCAAAGCGUCGAUAUGGAGGCGGAUCGCAUGGUGCUUCGUCGAAUGCUCGAGAUGCAAAGAGCAGGAGACGGGAAGAACCUGGCUCAAGGAAGCAAGGUGGACAGUGGGAAGGCUAUAGUAAUCUUCAGGCAAUGGGCAAGAAGGAGGAGCUCAUCGAUGUUGGCCUUGUAGAGCACCUACGUAACAGAUUUGGAGAUCCCUUUGACGAUCGCGCUCUUAAGGAAGCCAGUUGAUUUUCCUCAUUCAUGCUUGUCCCCCAGGGACCUCAUUUUCCAUGAUCCUUCGCUUGUUCUGUAUUUGUUUUCCUGAUUACAGCAAUAUCGUGUAUAGUAUCCAUUGAUUCUGGUUCAAGAAUUGUUUA